UCCAUUUCUUCAGUGGAAGAAAGCAAUCGAUUAGAGAAGAAAUGAGUUCCAUUCGGCGUUAAUCUCGUUGCCCGUAUACACAUAUCAUUAGAAAUUGUGAUUGUUUUCUUUAUUUAUUUAUUAGCGAAAGUUCAUUGAAUAUAAUUUAUCUGGUUUUCCGCGUACACGAUAAUUUUGUGAAAAGUUCUAGCAUUUUUCUGCGUGCAGUUCAGUUAGUGUUGUGUUGUUUUACGUAUUUAGAGUGGGACAAAGCAUAAAAGCCUCCGGUCAGUUCUUGUUGGGUCCAGUGGUCCGCUGUAUUAGUGAUGUACCUGCAGAAGUGGAUGUUGUUUUUGUGGGCGCUCAGCUUCACUGAUUUUGGAUUUGGGGUGAUUCCGGGUGAGGAAGAACUGAUUUUUGAUCCACCGGAAGACUUCGACAAACGCCAAAACGACAAGUACCAAUCGUCGAAAUACCCGUAUCUUCCCUUCAACGGCAACAACGUCUAUCCAGAACCGGAAGAGAGAGAUCCGGACAGGGAGGAAUCCAGGAGAUGCACGGACAAAAUGGAGAGGGCUUUGGAUUCGAUACGACGCAGACAGAUCGCCAAGGAACGCAUGCUGCAUCUGCACGGGUACUCGUUACAUCAGCCGUUGCGCAGUGCCCCUUUUGAUAUGUACGUCACUGAUAUGAGGGUGCGAUUGCCGCCUUCAAAAACUUGGGUUAGGGUGCAGAGGUGCAGUUUUGACCCGAUCAACCGUAGUUUGGAGACUCGAUUGAUGUUUAACGACCUAACAAUAAGCGGAAGAGUCAAUUUGUAUAACGACGCCAAUCUUCAGAGAGAGCCAGUCACUCCCAGUCCAGAAGAAAGCUGUAAUAUGAUUCUACGAUUAAGAAAAGCAGGAAUUGGAUUUCACACCGAACCCAUUCGACGUGAAAGAGGCCAGUUCAAUGUGAAAACGGAUAGUCACUUUUUGGAACCGGGGUUUAUUUCGGUGUACGCUUACGGGUGUGAACCCAGUCUUAGGAGGAGGGAAUUUAAUGGUGACAUAGAGAGGUUAGAGGAGGAAGACGAAGAGAUGAGCAGGGAGAUGGAGGAUAUAUUUUUGAGAGGAAUAAGGUCCCUUCUUACCAGCUACAUGCAAAAGGAACUUCAACCCGCUAUUAAAGAAACAUUAAUGAAAAAUAUGGGAUACACCGUAUCCUAUGGAUAACACAAAACAAUAUGCAUGAAUAAAUAGAAAGUUUAAUGAAAUUUUAAGGCCAAGUUAUCCAUAAAAUGUUAUGGUUUCGCCUGAUAAAGGAUCUUUAUAGCGAUUGCCAGGAUUUAUUAGAUUCAAAUGUAAAAAAUAAAUCUUUUUACAAUUCGUCUAGUGAUUAUAAGAUUGUAGUAUUU